AAAAAAUCAACGGAAAAAAUUAAAAUUAAUGAAAAGGAAAAAAUUAAAUAAAGAUAUCAUCAGAGCCUGUUCCCUUCCUCCAUCGUCGUUGUUUCCUUCUCCCUCUAUCGUCUCUUCCCCUGUCCUCUUCUUCCUCGAAUGAGAGUCUGAACUCUGAAGGUCAUUCGUUUUCCGAGAAUCCCAAGUUCUUUUUUCCCCCGGGAAAAAUAAUAUAGAAGAAAUCCCUCAAUCCUUGCAAACAGUCGGCCCAAAUCCUUGAGAUCCCCUUAUUUUUGCCGCAAAUAUUGUUUCUUAGAUAUCCCCUUCUCCUUUCUUUUUCUCCCUCACCAAAGGUGAAGAAGAGAAAGUCUUAUCCAUUCUUAUUCUAAGCUCUGUCGCUUUCCCUCGACUUUUCCCUCCCUCCCUGCGGAUAGUGCAGUGUGUUCUUCUCCCUGAACCCUAAUUCAGCACUCGCUCAUUACUGGGUCUUUCUGUCUUAGAGUGUUUUCUGCUGCUUAGAUGCUCGAGGAGUAGAAUAAUAGCAGUGUCCUGUCACCGUUACUUUUUCUUUGCUGUUAUUAUCAUCAGUUUGGAGUUAGUCGAGUGAGCGACGAGCUCGAUUAUCCGGCUAUAGCCUUCGUUCCGGUUAUUAGAUCUGAGAGUUGUUGGGUUUUCCAAGCGAGGGAACUGUUUCUGUUUGUGGCCGACGGAGUUUCGUCUUUCAUUAAUCUGUUCGACUCGUUGGAUAGUGUAUUGGUUGAAGACUUGAAGUGGGUUGAUCAUGGACCAUGUGAUCGCCUCCAAAUUUAAGCUGGGCCGGAAGAUCGGGAGCGGAUCUUUUGGGGAACUAUACCUGGGUGUUAACAUACAGAGUGGAGAAGAAGUUGCGGUUAAGUUGGAAUCUGCAAAGACCAAGACCCCCCAACUUCAUUAUGAGUCAAAGUUGUACAUGCUCCUUCAAGGAGGAACUGGCAUUCCUCACCUCAAAUGGUUUGGAGUGGAGGGGGAGUACAAUGUCAUGGUUAUCGACCUGCUGGGACCGAGUCUAGAAGACUUGUUUAACUAUUGCAAUCGCAAAUUUACUUUGAAAACAGUUUUGAUGCUUGCAGAUCAACUUAUAAACCGAGUUGAAUACUUGCACCAAAGAGGUUUUCUUCACCGUGAUAUAAAGCCUGACAAUUUCUUGAUGGGCUUGGGGCGCAAAGCCAAUCAGGUCUACAUCAUUGACUACGGCCUCGCCAAAAAGUACAGGGAUCUUCAAACACACAAGCACAUACCAUACAGGGAAAAUAAGAAUCUGACUGGCACUGCUCGUUAUGCUAGUGUUAAUACUCAUCUUGGAAUUGAGCAAAGCAGAAGAGACGAUUUAGAGUCUCUUGGAUUUGUUCUCAUGUACUUCCUUCGGGGAAGCCUUCCAUGGCAGGGACUGAAAGCAGGCACUAAGAAGCAGAAGUAUGACAAAAUCAGUGAGAAGAAGAUGCUUACCCCGAUAGAGGUCCUUUGCAAGAGCUAUCCCUCUGAGUUCACGUCGUAUUUCCAUUAUUGUCGGUCAUUGCGGUUUGAAGACAAGCCCGAUUAUUCAUACCUGAAAAGGCUUUUCAGGGACUUAUUUAUUCGAGAAGGGUACCAAUUUGAUUAUGUAUUUGAUUGGACCAUCUUGAAGUACCCACAAAUCGGCUCCAGUUCUAGGCAACGACCAAGUGUCAAACCUGUUAUAAAUGCUGGUACAUCUGCAGAAAGAGUAGAACAGCAGCCUUCAGUGCGAGAGAUUCGAGAUAGGUUGUCCGGUGUAGCUGAGUUGUUUGUGAGGAGGAGUAGCUCUGGACAAGUAACCCGCGGGGAUCAGUCGCGGCACAGGUCUUCAAAUGAUGUGCCUUCAUCUAAAGAUGUGCGCACUGACUCUGACAGACCACGCUCAUCAUCUCGAACUGGGAGCACAUCGAAGAAGGCCUUUGUGUCAAGCAGCAGGCCGAGCUCGUCCGGGGAGCCUAGCGAUAGUCGAACAAGCAGAUUGAUCUCUUCCAGCAGUGCUCGAAUGUCAACCACCCAAAGGCUUCAACCUGGAUUCGAGUCCAAGUCAUCAUCGUUCACUCGCGCGACAGCCUCCAGAGGUGCCCGUGACGACACACUUAGGAGCUUGGAGCUUCUUUCCAUUGGGACAGGGAAGCGAAAAUAAGGUAGCGGAUUGAUUCCUCUUUGGAAAAGGGUCUCAAACUCGCUCCUUUUCUCUUAUGGUUUGGCAGUCUGAGGAACACCAUUAUCGCGAGUUCAUGACAAAGCCGUUUCAUGCUGUAUCUGUGUAUCCAUUCUUGCAUUACCUUCACAGCCAAGCCACUACUGAAACAGACGCAUUGGUCGAUGAUGCCUUCUAGGUGUAUGCUGCUGCUCCUCCUUUAGGCUUUAAGGCCACCUGCUGGAUACCUUUUUUUUUUUUAUAUAUUCUCUUUUGCUUCAUGAAGGAGAUGAAUGGUUCGGGACAUGGCAGAAUUGUUUAUAGGACGAGAGAUGAGUGUAGCUGUAAUCAUUUACUAAUCUACCCAUUGUUGUUCCUGUAUGUUUCUAACGGAAAAACUAAGAGCCGUGGCUACUGAGGAUAAUAUAAGCUACUGGUAUUAUGUGGACGUGUAUCGUCGUGCUGUUCAACUUAAUUUUCGCAAUUUUUGAGAAGGGACAAGUGGCAUCGAUAUGUUUCACCUUUAGUGUACCCAUGCAAAUGGGAAAUGUUCAACCUCCAUAGCAUUUUUCAGUCAAUCAAAUUAUAUGCUCACAGACAUCUUCUUCAUUUCGUUUUCACCACAACUUGUACAUUGAUUUGAAAUAUAUAGGCCU